CAACGUGGCUUCAUUCAUACAGAUGAACCAAGGAUUGGGAUAGCAGUAUAAAAUUAGAAUCAGAGAACUGAUUGCCCAGCAGGAUGCCAUCAACUAACCGAGCGGGCAGCCUGAAGGACCCUGAAAUUGCAGAGCUCUUCUUCAAAGAAGAUCCAGAGAAGCUCUUCACAGAUCUCAGAGAAAUUGGCCAUGGAAGCUUUGGAGCAGUGUAUUUUGCACGAGAUGUACGCACCAAUGAAGUGGUGGCUAUCAAGAAAAUGUCUUACAGUGGAAAGCAGUCUACUGAGAAAUGGCAGGAUAUUAUUAAGGAAGUCAAGUUUCUACAAAGAAUAAAACAUCCCAACAGUAUAGAAUACAAAGGCUGCUAUUUACGUGAGCACACAGCAUGGCUGGUAAUGGAAUAUUGUUUAGGAUCUGCUUCAGAUUUACUGGAAGUUCACAAAAAGCCAUUACAAGAAGUGGAAAUAGCAGCAAUUACACAUGGUGCUCUCCAGGGAUUAGCCUACUUACAUUCUCAUACCAUGAUCCAUAGAGAUAUCAAAGCAGGAAAUAUCCUUCUGACAGAACCAGGCCAGGUGAAACUUGCUGACUUUGGAUCAGCUUCCAUGGCAUCUCCUGCCAAUUCUUUUGUGGGAACGCCAUAUUGGAUGGCCCCAGAAGUAAUUUUAGCCAUGGAUGAAGGACAGUAUGAUGGCAAAGUAGAUGUAUGGUCUCUUGGAAUAACAUGUAUUGAACUAGCGGAAAGGAAGCCUCCUUUAUUUAAUAUGAAUGCAAUGAGUGCCUUAUAUCACAUAGCCCAAAAUGAAUCCCCUACACUACAAUCUAAUGAAUGGUCUGAUUAUUUUCGCAACUUUGUAGAUUCUUGCCUCCAGAAAAUCCCUCAAGAUCGCCCUACAUCAGAGGAACUUUUAAAGCACAUGUUUGUUCUUCGUGAGCGCCCUGAAACAGUGUUAAUAGAUCUCAUUCAAAGGACAAAGGAUGCAGUAAGAGAGCUGGACAAUCUACAGUAUCGAAAGAUGAAGAAACUCCUUUUCCAGGAGGCACAUAAUGGACCAGCAGUAGAAGCACAGGAAGAAGAAGAGGAACAAGAUCAUGGUGUUGGCCGGACAGGAACAGUGAAUAGUGUUGGAAGUAAUCAGUCUAUUCCCAGCAUGUCCAUCAGUGCCAGUAGCCAAAGUAGUAGUGUUAACAGUCUUCCAGAUGCCUCAGAUGACAAGAGUGAGCUGGAUAUGAUGGAGGGAGACCACACAGUGAUGUCUAAUAGUUCUGUCAUCCAUUUAAAACCUGAGGAAGAAAAUUACAGAGAAGAGGGAGAUCCUAGAACAAGAGCAUCAGAUCCACAAUCUCCGCCACAAGUGUCUCGUCAUAAAUCACACUAUCGUAACCGAGAACACUUUGCUACUAUACGGACGGCAUCACUGGUUACAAGGCAAAUGCAAGAACAUGAGCAGGACUCUGAGCUUAGAGAACAGAUGUCUGGCUAUAAGAGAAUGAGGCGGCAACAUCAAAAGCAGUUGAUGACUCUGGAAAAUAAGCUAAAGGCUGAGAUGGAUGAACAUCGCCUCAGAUUAGACAAAGAUCUGGAAACUCAGCGUAACAAUUUUGCUGCAGAAAUGGAGAAACUUAUCAAGAAACAUCAGGCUGCUAUGGAAAAAGAGGCUAAAGUGAUGGCCAAUGAGGAGAAAAAAUUUCAGCAACAUAUUCAGGCCCAACAGAAGAAAGAACUGAAUAGUUUUUUGGAGUCCCAGAAAAGAGAAUAUAAACUUCGAAAAGAACAGCUUAAGGAGGAACUGAAUGAAAACCAGAGCACCCCCAAAAAAGAAAAACAAGAAUGGCUUUCAAAGCAGAAGGAAAAUAUACAACAUUUCCAAGCAGAGGAAGAGGCUAAUCUGCUACGACGACAGAGGCAAUACUUAGAGCUGGAGUGCCGUCGCUUUAAGAGAAGAAUGUUACUUGGACGCCAUAACUUGGAGCAGGACCUUGUCAGGGAGGAGUUAAAUAAAAGGCAGACUCAAAAGGACUUAGAGCAUGCCAUGCUACUGCGACAGCAUGAAUCCAUGCAGGAACUGGAGUUCCGUCAUCUCAACACCAUUCAGAAGAUGCGCUGUGAGUUGAUCAGAUUGCAGCAUCAAACUGAGCUGACAAACCAGCUGGAAUAUAACAAGCGAAGAGAACGAGAACUAAGGCGAAAGCAUGUCAUGGAGGUUCGACAACAGCCUAAGAGUCUAAAGUCUAAAGAACUCCAAAUAAAAAAGCAGUUUCAGGACACCUGCAAAAUCCAAACCAGACAGUAUAAAGCAUUAAGAAAUCACCUACUGGAGACGACACCAAAGAGUGAGCACAAGGCUGUUCUGAAACGGCUCAAGGAGGAGCAGACCCGGAAGUUAGCCAUCUUGGCUGAGCAGUAUGACCACAGCAUUAAUGAAAUGCUCUCCACACAAGCUCUACGUUUGGAUGAAGCACAGGAAGCAGAGUGCCAGGUUUUGAAGAUGCAGCUGCAGCAGGAACUGGAGCUGUUGAAUGCGUAUCAAAGCAAAAUCAAGAUGCAAGCCGAGGCACAACAUGAUCGAGAACUUCGAGAGCUUGAACAGAGGGUCUCCCUCCGCAGGGCACUCUUAGAACAAAAGAUUGAAGAAGAGAUGUUGGCUUUGCAGAAUGAACGCACAGAACGAAUACGAAGCCUGCUGGAGCGUCAAGCCAGAGAAAUUGAAGCUUUUGACUCUGAAAGCAUGAGACUAGGUUUUAGUAACAUGGUCCUUUCCAAUCUCUCCCCUGAGGCAUUUAGCCACAGCUACCCGGGAGCUUCUGGUUGGUCUCACAAUCCUACUGGGGGUCCAGGACCUCACUGGGGUCACCCCAUGGGUGGCCCACCACAAGCUUGGGGCCAUCCAAUGCAAGGUGGACCCCAGCCAUGGGGUCACCCUUCAGGGCCAAUGCAAGGGGUACCCCGAGGUAGCAGUAUGGGAGUCCGCAAUAGCCCUCAGGCUCUGAGGCGGACAGCUUCUGGGGGACGGACAGAGCAGGGCAUGAGCAGAAGCACGAGUGUCACUUCACAAAUAUCCAAUGGGUCACACAUGUCUUAUACAUAACUUAAUAAUUGAGAGUGGCAAUUCCGCUGGAGCUGUCUGCCAAAAGAAACUGCCUACAGACAUCAUCACAGCAGCCUCCUCACUUGGGUACUACAGUGUGGGAGCUGAGUGCAUAUGGUAUAUUUCAUUCAUUUUUGUAAGGCAUUCUGGUUUGUGUUUACUAAUUGGGAUGUCAUAGUAUUUGGCUGCCGGGUUUUGUUUUGUUUUUUAACUUUUGGGAAAAUUUUGAAAAGGGGAAUUGAUGUGUUUAUGUAAAAAGAAAUCAGCUAGAUUGGGGAUAUUUACUGAACACUGAAAAAAACAGAAUGCAGCACAGUGGCUUGAGUCAUCACUUUGGGGCAACUAUAUCCUAAGAAAUUGGUGAAAAGAUCUUAAGCCUUUCUGCAUACCCCAGAUUCUCAUGAGCCACUCACAGCAGGCAGCAUAUGCUGAAACAAGUGAUUAUGGAAACACACCUGUAUCCCCUAAUCAGUGUAUUUUCUUUAUUAAAUUGAUCUGACUUCUCAGCCUCAUUUGGAGUAAAAAAGUGGAAAUCCAUGAACACUAAAGGGUUGCAUUGACUUUUUCAGAGAGUAGAAAACAACUUAGUUCUUUUUCUGAGUGCUGCAUAGGUUUGUCAGUUUUUGUUGUUUUUUGUUUUGUCCGUUCAGUUGUGCCUUCUUUGUGGCAUGGUGAGAUGGAGGUGCUUCAGGAGAUCACUGAGUUGUGUAGGAAUUGCAUCUACAAACCUGUGAGCCUUCAGAGGGGAGACCAGAGGGUGAGAGAGGCCCCUGAAAGUCCAUGUGGUGGAUAUGUUCAGCAGCAGAGUGAGGAGAUGAAGCCUAUAUAUCCUAACGUUUUGUUGCUUAUACUGUGAUGUCUCAUCCUAGCUAAGCUCUGUAACUGCCAAGACCCCAAACAGUACUUUUACUUUGUAUAAAAACAGAGACAUAUAGCCACUAUGAGUCAAAUGCCGGAGGCAUAUGAAUGAUGCCAUAUUUGCAAACUGCCAUCCAUUGGAAUUCUCAUCACACUACAAAGACAUAAUUUGAUUAUCCCCCCUUUGGCUUAUGGGAUUUCCUGUUUACAAGUAGAAUAGCCAAUUAUUUAAAUGUGUAGUUGCCAUAGUGAACCAGGAGUCACUGAGCCAAUGACUUUACCAGCUGCUGACUAAUCCUCUUCACCACUGUAGAUUUUGCUGCAUGUGCAGGUCCUUUUUUUUCCUGGCUGUUUUUGUUGCUGCAGUACUUUACAAACUUCUAGUUCCUUGAGACUUAGUGACCAUUUGGCAUCAUGUUAACAUCACACAAUAGGAAACACCACUUGCAGAAGUCUCUAGCCUCAGUGCUAAAGUACUACUGAAAAGGAACUAGCAAGUUUGGCAAAUUAAAAAAAAA